AUAUUUCACACCUAGCUAGCUAACGUUGCUAACGUUCAACUAGCUUGUUGCUAAGGCCCUUUUUUUAACGUGCUUCGGGGGAAUUCAUUUGAGCUUUGACGACUUGAGACGAAUUUCUAGUCGUCUAACGUUAAUCGAUAUGACCUAUUCCAUUGGAAUUGAUUCUGAAUUAAUUAAUUUAAUCUACCGGGUAACUAACGCUAGCUGGCUAGCGAGUGUUUUGACAGCAAGUGACGGCUAGCUAACGUCAGCUAGCUUCGUGUUGAAACCACAUGGCUGCCUACCGGUUCGGCUAACGUUUAGCUGGCGACCGGCUAUUUCCCCGUACGUGGCAUGGUGAUUCCCCUGGUUCCCUCUAUUCCCUGAUGUGUCAGCCAAAGUCCAUGCCAGGAGGGUGUGAGAUGGCACUUGAUGGCCUCCAAUGGAGCUGAAGACAAGUUGAAUAGAAGGGCCUCUUGCUCCCGGUCAUCAACCCUCAUUAUUCGAGCCAAGUCAGCAGUUUUUCAUACUACUGAAAGUCACACUAGAUCCUUCAGCCCGCAUGAGAAGAAGACCCUUCAGUCUUGUGCCAGCGUCCCCCGUACUGCCUCAGGGACCCCUCUACAACGUGCCUAUAACCGUUCUGUGCCUCCUACCGCUUACCUAGCUAACAAGCCACAGCUUUCUAGUAGCGCAGCUGCUAAUUUAGCUAAUGGUCGCUGUCAACCAACUGUUCUCUCUAAGAGUACACAGAUAUCCAGUGCUGACAUUAUUUCAUACAGACAUAACCCUGGUGUGUUGGAGCCAACCGUAAACGGCUAUAGGCCCAGCUGCGACUUGGACUCACUGAAGUUAAGAUCACGGAUCUUGGCCCGUAAAAGAGCCUUGUCGCCCCAGCUUGCUCCCUAUCCAACGUGUCCCUGUCCACCAAAGGCAGAACGUGUCCCAGACUCGCAGAAUAACGUUGCGGCACAGCCUGCUGAAAGCAGCAGCAGCACCACCACCAGCAUGCCCACCAACCAGUCAGUACCCUGGACCAGUGACAAGUUGAGAGACAAUAGCAAAGGGUUUAUGAGGCCCACUAUGGGUAAAGUGCCUUCCUGUCCCAGACAGGAGACUACCCAGACAAGAGACUCAGCAAAACCUUUGUCCCCCCGGACCAAAUCGGCCUCCUAUUGCCGUAGGGGGGACAAUGGGGAUGGCAAAACCCAGACUAAGUUCACACACUACCCCUCCAACACUGUGCCUUUGCAGGAUAGGUCAUCCCACCGCCAGGAUGUGUCACCGGAUCAGACAUGGAGACUCCAGGACCCGCAUCAGUUUCAGAGGCUGUUGGCAACAGACAUGGAAGGUCACUCUCAGAGGCUGGGCUUUUGUGCUGCUGUCCACAGGGCUCCUGGAGCUCCUCAUAACACAUCAACAGAGAGGAUCAGAAAGGUCAACUCUGAGGUGGAGUUUACUGAGGCUGUGAGGAAGCUGACAGAGUCACGGAGCGCCCUCACUCCUCAUCCCAGGAACGGGACUGUAUUUAGUUUUACUACUACUGGAACACCAGGGUCUAACGUGGAUCCAGUCCAGAUGGGCAAAGCAAUGACUACUAGCCCUGUCAGCCAUAUCCCUGCUCCAGCCAAACCCUCUGUACCACUCUGCCUUACUAUGAGAGUCCAGGACACAGAGCCUUCUGCCUCCCCUGUGUCCAUGGAGACCUCCAGUGCCUCUGGCCUCGACAGUAACGCCACAACAGCCUUCAUGGCACCUCUACGCCAUGCAGGGAUAACUCAGACCCAGUCCCUUACCCAGGCCAGUGCCACAGCUAGUUCUACUGCAGGGAUAACUCCAACCCAGUCUUUUACCCAGGCCACUGCCACAGCUGGUUCUGAUGCAGGGAUAACUCUAACCCAGUCCUCAACCGAGGCCAGUGCCACAGCUGGUUCUGGUGCAGGGAUAACUCAAACCCAGUCCUCUACCCAGGCCAGUGCCACAGUUAGUUCUGGUGCAGGGAUAACUCAGACCCAGUCCUCUACCCAGGCCAGUGCCACAGCUGGUUCUUGUGCAGGGAUAACUCAAACCCAGUCCUCUACCCAGGCCAGUGCCACAGUUGGUUCUGGUGCAGGGAUAACUCAGACCCAGUCCUCUACCCAGGCCAGUGCCACAGCUGGUUCUUGUGCAGGGAUAACUCAAACCCAGUCCUCUACCCAGGCCAGUGCCACAGUUAGUUCUGGUGCUAGUUCCUUCCCAGAAAACACCGAGAUGGGUUCUGAGUCCGCCUCAGGUUCUUCUCAGAGUCGGAGGCCUUCUGUCACCUCGGUAACCACCCAGAUAUCAGCCAUACACCUGACCAAGGAGAGGAGUGUCCUGUCUCUACAGAGGGGCCACAGCCCUUCCCAGUCCCCGCCUUACCUGGGGGAAGAACAGCAGGCUGAGUCACCUCGGUUACCCAGUCCGCAGAGUGUUGCCAUGCAGGAGGAUGGAGACGGAGGGGAAGAGGACUAUCCUGAUGAUGAGCUGGAGAAUGACUGCAGUGGUGGUGAUGAUGAUGAUGAUGAUGAUGGUGAAGGGUCUGACUGCUCCUCCAUGAAGGAUGCCUCGUCCACAGCCUCCAUACCCGUCCUGCCAAAUAUAACAGAUGAGGAGCUGAUGAGCCCUGAAUUAGAGGAUGAGGGCGAGUUGAAGCCAGCUCUGGUCCCCAGCUUGUUCCCCCUCACCCCCCCUACACUGUACUUCAGCACUGCCGACCAGAGAGUGGAGCUCCUGCCACCAGAUCAGAGGAAGCUUCUCAAAUGGAAGAUGAGCACUGUGACUCCCAACAUUGUCAAACACACCAUCGCCAGGUCGCACUUUAAAGUCACCAAGAAAAGUCAUGAUUGGCUUGGUUGCUGGGGUCACCAUAUGAAGUCCCCUGGGUUCAAGGCCAUCAGGGAAUACCAGAAGUUAAACCACUUCCCUGGCUCGUUCCAGAUCGGUCGUAAGGACCGUCUUUGGAGGAACCUGUCUAAGAUGCAGGCUCAGUUUGGUAAGAGGGAAUUCAGCUUCUUCCCUCGCUCCUUCGUUCUUCCUCAGGACAUCAAGCUGCUGAGGAAAGCCUGGGAGGACAGUGGUAGCAGGCAGAAAUGGAUCAUCAAGCCGCCUGCGUCUGCUCGGGGUAUUGGAAUCCAGGUUAUUCACAAGUGGAGUCAGAUGCCAUGCAAGAGACCACUCCUGGUUCAGAAGUAUCUCCACAAGCCCUAUCUCAUCAGCGGGAAUAAGUUUGACCUGCGUAUCUACGUCUACGUGACCUCUUACGAUCCGCUACGUGUUUACAUCUUCCAAGACGGACUUGUCCGCUUCGCCAGCUGCAAAUAUUCGUCUUCUAUGAAAAGCCUUGGCAACAAGUUCAUGCACCUGACCAACUACAGCGUAAACAGGAAGAACACCGACUACCAGAGCAAUGACAGUGACAAGGCCUGCCAGGGACACAAGUGGGCUCUGAAGGCGCUGUGGCACUACCUGGGUUGUAAGGGAGUCAACACUACGCUGAUCUGGGAGAAGAUCAAGGACAUUGUCAUGAAGACCAUCAUUGCGUCUGACCCGUACGUCAACACGCUGGUCAAGCUCCACCUGCGCUCUCCUUACAGCUGUCACGAGCUGUUUGGCUUUGACAUCAUGCUGGAUGAGAACCUCAAGCCUUGGGUCCUUGAGGUCAAUAUUUCACCAAGUCUCCACUCCAACACCGCUCUGGACGUGGCCAUUAAAGGCCAGAUGAUCAGAGAUGUUUUGAACCUGGCGGGUUUCCUUCUGCCUCAGAGAGAAGAGGUGCUUCCCUCCAGCAGCUCAGCCGGCAGCUCCGCCAGCAGUCUGUGUGGAGGGACACGGGAGAGAUCCAGACCUGAGAUUUCAACUGAUGAGAAAGUCAAGCGAGCCUUCUACCUGAGCCAGCGCUUCGCAGACCAGGACUUCUUCUCCUCCGUCCUGGACGUUAUGACUCCUGAGGACGUCCGUGUCCUGGCUGAGACGGAGGACGAGCUGAGCAGGAAGGGAGAGUUUGAACGAGUGUUCCCCUCCCACUGCUCCUCACGAUACCUGCGCUUCUUCAAACAACCGCGCUACCUCAACAUCCUGCUCAACCAGUGGGAGACCAAGUACGGACAGAACAGGAGAGAAGGAGUCCGUGUGCUGAGGAGUCUGUGUCAGAAAGGAGUCCACCUAGGAACCACAGACCCUGCACAUCUAUGGUCCAAGUCAACCUAUGUUCCCAAGUCUGAUCACCCCGGGCAGGAGCCGAGCCGAUCGAGUGUGGUGGUGAGUCACAGAACCAGGUCCCAACCAGACCAGGAGGAGAACUGUUUCUCCCAGGAGGUCACCACCACCUCCUCCCUCCCAGACCUCUCUCUCCUGGGCUCCUCUACCUCUUCGCCCAGCCUCAGCCCCAGCCUGGCCACCGAGUCUACAGCCAGCCUGCCACCCAGAGAUGAGGAGUUCGAGGGUUAACCUGCCCUUCACUGCACCGUAACACUGUUGACUUCCGAAAGAAGGCACAAACACAUCUCCGUUUGGGGAGGGGAUUUGUCGGCCGUUGGUGUGAUGGAGGCUCAAGGAAACAUGAACACCUUUCUUGCUCUCUCUCUCUCUCUCUCCCCUCUCUCUCUCGCUCUCUCUCUCUCUCUUUCUCUCUCUCUUUCUCUCUCUCUUUCUCUCUCGCGCUCUCUCUCUCUCUCUCGCGCUCUCUCGCUCUCUCGCUCUUUCUCUCGCUCUCUUUCUGCAUAUUCCUCUUUUCACUACCAUAGUCUGAACUAGAGGGACAAACAGCUGUAUCUGAUGUGAUAAAGAUCAGAGUUUUCUGAUGGUUUAUUUUCUUCAUAACGUGGAGUGUUAACGCUGGAUAGGAGGGAGGGGCUUCUCUGGACCGGGUGGACAGACAGCAGCUUUGGCCAAUCGGCCGAGGAGGAUAAUCCAAGGCUGCCCUGCCUACUUAGAGCCAGUCCAAUCAGAUUCCACUCCUAGGUGUGUUUACAUCAAAUCUAAUUCAAAGUUUAUUGGUACACAGAUUUUGUUAUUGCAGGUGCAGUGAAAUGCUUGUGUUUCUAGCAUUUAAGCCUUGUGGGUAUAUAUACCUGCAUUUAAGCCUUGUGGGUAUAUAUACCUGCAUUUCAGCCUUGUGGGUAUAUAUACCUGCAUUUAAGCCUUGUGGGUAUAUAUACCUGCAUUUCAGCCUUGUGGGUAUAUAUACCUGCAUUUCAGCCUUGUGGGUAUAUAUACCUGCAUUUCAGCCUUGUGGGUAUAUAUACCUGCAUUUCAGCCUUGUGGGGGUAUAUAUACCUGCAUUUAAGCCUUGUGGGGGUAUAUAUAUCUGCAUUUCAGCCUUGUGGGGGUAUAUAUAUCUGCAUUUCAGCCUUGUGGGUGUAUAUAUAUCUGCAUUUCAGCCUUGUGGGUGUAUAUAUAUCUGCAUUUCAGCCUUGUGGGUGUAUAUAUAUCUGCAUUUCAGCCUUGUGGGGGUAUAUAUAUCUGCAUUUCAGCCUUGUGGGUGUAUAUAUAUCUGCAUUUCAGCCUUGUGGGUGUAUAUAUAUCUGCAUUUCAGCCUUGUGGGUGUAUAUAUACCUGCAUUUCAGCCUUGUGGGUGUAUAUAUACCUGCAUUUCAGCCUUGUGGGUGUAUAUAUACCUGCAUUUCAGCCUUGUGGGUGUAUAUAUACCUGCAUUUCAGCCUUGUGGGUGUAUAUAUACCUGCAUUUCAGCCU